UCCCGGGGAUGUCUCAGUGCCCAGGUCUUAUUGAUUGGUUCGUGCGCGUCACUGUCUGCAGCUUCUACAUUGGCGCUGGCUGUGUCACUCCCGCUUCUCUCUAUCCGGGGAUAGGCUGCUCAGCCUGGGAUUCACAGGAGCUAGAGGUCGGCCGGAGAACAUAAGUAUGGCGGCUGUUGUAAGGAGGUCAGGCAACUUGUUCCUCAAGUAUAGUAACUAUGUUCGCCACCGUGUUGUGUCUUCCAGAUCAAUGGCCUCAAAAGCCCAAGUGGGAUUUAUUGGUCUGGGCAACAUGGGUAAUCCAAUGGCGAAGAAUCUCAUAAAGAAUGGCUAUCCAAUUAUUGCUUCAGAUAUCUUCCCAGAAUCAUGCAAGGAAAUACAGGACUUAGGAGCACAGAUUAUGGACUCUCCUGCUGAAGUAGCUGAGCGGGCUGAUAGGGUCAUAACUAUGUUGCCAUCAAGUCCUAAUGUGAUUGAGGUUUACACAGGCCCAAAUGGCAUUUUAAAAAAAGUUAAGAAAGGCUCCUUGCUAAUUGACUCGAGCACAAUCGAUCCAGCUAUUUCUAAAGAAAUGGCCAAAGCUGCAGAAAAGAUUGGAGCAAUGUUUAUGGAUGCACCUGUAUCUGGAGGUGUUGGGGCAGCACGAGCUGGCAACCUCACUUUCAUGGUCGGGGGAUUGGAAGGAGAAUUUAAUGCAGCCAAAGAAUUGCUGAGCUGCAUGGGAAACAAUGUGGUUUACUGUGGAGAGGUUGGAACUGGACAGGCAGCAAAGCUCUGUAACAACAUGCUUCUAGCUAUUGCCAUGAUUGGAACUGCUGAAACAAUGAAUCUGGGAAUCAGGCUAGGGCUUGACCCGAAGCUUCUGACAAAAAUUGUGAAUAUGAGCUCAGGCCGAUGCUGGUCAAGCGAUACCUACAAUCCUGUACCGGGUGUGAUGGAUGGUGUCCCUUCCGCGAAUGAUUAUCAAGGUGGCUUUGCAGCAUCAUUAAUGGCGAAGGAUCUGGGAUUAGUACAAAACACAGCGACGAACACUAAGACCCCUGCUUUAUUAGGAUCGUUGUCUCAUCAGAUUUACAGGAUGAUGUGCGCACGGGGCUAUGCUCAGAAAGACUUCUCGUCAGUGUUUCAGUUCCUGCGAGAAGAGGAGAAUAUUUAAACUUGACCAACACCAAAAUGCAUCUUGAGAAAAUAGGCAUGGGACUGUCAGUGAGUGUUCAAGCAAGUUCAGUUGUCCGACAAAAAAAAACAACAGGAUAAUUCUAUAGCCAUAAAUCAUGGUCCCAAAGUGGCUGCCUAGUUUCUUAGCAAACGGUUUGUGUAGUUGUGCACAUGAAUUCCCUGAUUUAAUUGUGUGGAAUUAGAUAAUGAAAACAUUUUGAAACUGAAUUGCAAGCAAGAUGACUAAGAAGGUUUGAGGCUGUUACACACUAUGUAGGUUUAUUGUAAUUUUAUGAGAAGUGAUUAGGAAGUUAGUUUUUGUUUUGAACUUCCUUACCUGUUACUUCAGUAAAACAUAAAUUAUAAAUUUUCAUUUUAACUUUGAUUUGUUUACCUAAAUAAUACAUGGCAUAAACAGAUGGCAACUAUUAUUUUUUCUUUACUAUUCAAUUAAUGUGAUUUUAAAUUGAAAUAAAAUUCUACUACUUAUGUAUGGGAUUCAA